AUGAGCGGAGGCAUUGGCCUUGGUAUGAGCAUUCCUGAAGAAAAGUGGAACGUACAUCAACCAGAACAAUCUCCUAAACAUCCUCACUCUCAAAUGAACACAAUGUCCAACGAAAAUAACUUCAUGCCUACUUACCCGUACGAGACUACUUCUUCACAACAGAUGCACCAACAACAAAUGCCUGUUCACGAAGGUAACCACAUGUACCUGCCUCCUAAGCAAGAAAUGGAUGCAGCACCUCGUCAAUCGCAAUUCCAAGGCGGUUUCGUCUCAAUGUCAGCUCCCAAUACUCCAAACGCUUCACGUCAAACAAACGGUUCUCCCGGUGCCCAGUCUACUCCAGGGGCCCAAUCACAGGACCGCAAAUCGAUGGAAGUCCCUUCUUUUCUCAAACGAAGCAACAUAAUAAUGUUUACAGUAUGGACAGGACUACAAGGUAUAUAUUUUUCAUUGCCACAAAAAAGAGUUUACAAACUCACGAUCAAGUCAAAGGUCGACCGUGGAUUCUUCUUGGCAGAUAACGAUUGGACCUGUUAUCGAAGGAAUUAUUUCCAGAUAAGCAGCGCCUUUACCAUCACCACUUCGUCCGGACACACCGUUAACGAGUCAGAGACACCAUGUCUAGUAGAAGUCGACAGCCAAUUCCACACUUGCACCCAAUUCCUUCUCGGUAUCACAGCUCGCGUGUCCAACAGUGACAAGAAAAUCGAACUGGUUCAGCACACUCCCAAGCGUGACAAGGGUCCCCAGAGCGUCCCAACACCCAAACCAAUUCGUCCAGGCGGUAACCUCAGUCUAAGCUCCGUCGGUUCCAAUUCGAACAUUGUCACCUUUGAGCGUAUUCAAUUCAAGACCGCUACCGCUAACAAUGGCAAGCGUCGUGCCGCUCAACAAUAUUAUGUCGUUCUCGUCGACUUGUAUGCUCAACCCGAAAGUGGCGGUGAGCUCAUUAGAAUUGCUACGUCCACUUCGGCACCUCUGGUCGUCCGCGGUCGUAGUCCGGGACACUAUGCCGACAACCAUCACGAUCGAUACAGUCCAAUGGCCAUUAAUCCUGCCUUUUCCAACGAUCGUCAUCUCAGCUUUCCCCAUCCUCAAGGGCCUAAUGGAGCACCGGGUGUGAUGUCUGGUGACUUUGGUGGAAGUCCAUUCCCGCCGUACGGUCAGUAUCCGCCAUUCAGUGGCUUUCCACCCGUAAACCCUCCAAUGCGCAACGAUGCACUAUCUCUCAUAAUGACUACCAGCCCACAAAAUCCCCCAAAUCCUUCCUUCCACCCUCAACAUCCCCAUCAACCAUACAUGGUCCCGAGUAUCUCUGAAGUUUCUCAACCUGAAUCCAAUGCCCCUGACAUGUAUAACAACCCCAAUAUAGACCCGAAUUCGCUUGUGAACGGACACGACCAAAAGAUUCCGCCUCAUCACGGACAUCACUCUCAGCAAGUUGGACUCGAUUUGCAUAACAUCGAAGUCGCCGGUACCUCAUCUCCUCACUCGGCAUUCACGUCGUUUGAGUCACGUCAAGUGCAGACAACUGAUACUGAAGGCUAUCACCCAAUGUACCAUAACCAUCCUGCAAAUAACGCACCGCCGCCACCACCACCUCAUCAUCCCGGAUAUCAUCCCGAUAAUCAAAAUGGGUAUCAAGCAAACGGUCGGGUGUCGCCUCCUCAACAAGCACGUAGAGAUACAUCAACGUCGACAGGAAGCGAACAUACAUCGGCGAGUCCACAUGCAGAUUCAAAAUUGGUUACUGCAAACGCUAAUAAUAACAACGCGUGCAGUUCACCUCAAUCAUCCAACAGUUCUACAACAACGCCAACUUCAGAAAUCGGCAAGGGCAUUGGUCAGAUGAGAACGUGA